UUAUAUAAAUUUACAGUGUAUUUCAGUUUUAAUAGGUUCUGAAGUUCUUGUAAUUACUUUCAAAUGUAAUUUGUUGUUAAAAAUAAGAAAAAACAUAAUGUAAAAGUUCUCAAAAUUUUAAGAGUACAAUUUCUAUCAAAAAAAAAACUUAAAAUAGAUUUUUUUCCAUUUUUCUUAUAAUUUGAAAAAAAAAAUUAAAAAUUGUUUGAAAUUUUUUCAAUAAAUCUAAUGAAAUUAAGAAAACAAAAAUCGAAGAAAAUUUGAGAAAUUUUGAAAUAAUUAACAUUUUUAUGUAAGAGGAAAAAAAAAUCAUGGAAACUGCAAAAUUGAACAAACAAAAUUCUAAUAUUAAACCAAAAUACAGAAGUGUUUCAGUGAAUGAUUUGGAAAAAGUACUGAAAAAAUUUAUCAAUGCUGCACUGGAAGAUAAUAAGGAAGCUGUCACAUUGGAAAUGAUGGUUUGCGGAGAAGAAUAUUAUAAAAAAAUUGGAAAAAUAAUUGAAGGACAUCACACAACAAAGCAUGUUUUAAAAAUUUUAAAACCCGAUAAAGAGAAUGAAAAAAAAUUAAUAGAAAAAAAUAUUUCGAAAUCUAAUCGUCUUGAAAAUAUUGAAAAUUAUACAAAACAAUCUGAUAAAAAAUCUAUUCAUUCUACCGAUUUAAUUGAAACUACCAAAGUCUUGAAACCGAAAAUUCAAGAAAAGAAAAUCAGUGAAAAUACCAGAGAAUUGACAUCAAUUGUCAAAAAGAAUCCAAAAGUGAAAUUAAUACAGAAUCCAGAAACGAAUAUAACGGAAAUGAAAACGAAUAAAAAUAAAAGAAAUUAUACUUUUGAGACUUGGAAGGAAGCGAAGAAUAUAAUUUAUAAACGUUUAAUCAACGAGGAGAGAAAAAAACAAGAACAAAAAUUGUUAGAAGAAGAUAAUAUAGAUAAGCAGUUCUAUUUAAAUUGGAAGCGAGAUAAACUGAACAAAUUAAAGAAGAAUCAAAAAAAUAAUGAAAAAGUCACGAAGCCGUUACAAAAUUCGGAAAAUAAUUCUAAUAAUGAGAAACGUAUUGCAAAUUUACAGGCAUUUCAACAAUGGAAAAUGAAAAAAGACGCGAUAAUAAGAAAAGAUAAAAUGAUCUGGAAAAUGAAUAAUCAUCAAUUUAAUGAACAAAAAAAUGCCUCUAUUACUCCAAGUCAAAUGACAAAAAUUGUUGAUUUUGAUAAUUGGCUCGAAAAACUCGAUUCAACUUUGCAUCAAAAAUAUUUGAAGGAAAGACGAUUUCAAGUGAGAUCAUUUUAUUGUCAACCAACUUAUUAUGGAACUGCAGUUAUUCAUUGAUUUAAAAAAUUUCAAUUUAAUUAAAAUUUUUAAUUAAAUAAACUAAAAUAAU